AUGAAGAAACUGUUCAAGGGGAAGGACGAUCAGGGCGAGACCAAGAAAUUCGAAGCCACUCCGGUCGCUCUGAGGUCCAAAUCGCCCGCACCCCCACCGCAGGACAUUGUCGAGUCCAAGGAAGUCCAACAGGCCAGAACUACCAAGGUAAAAGGUUGGAAAUUUUAGAAAUUUACAGGGAUAUAAGCAUCAAAACUUUGUUGCUUAAAAAAAUUUAAAGUUUUGAAUUUUGCAAUGUCUCGAACAAAAAGCCGAAACAAAAAACAAAAAAAAUUUAAUUUCGAAAAAUGAAUUUUUUUUGCGAUUUUUUUUGGAUUUUUUAAAAUUUUUCGACUAAACAAUCUGGGCGAUUUGUUCGAAACGUGAGUUAAAAAUUUUUAAAAGGAGUUUUUAAAACUUUAUUCUAAAUUUUUGGACAAGUUUCACCAAAAUGCGAUAUCAAAAAAAAAAUUUUUUCAAUUUUCAAAUUUUAUUUAUUUAUUUUUUUUUGAUUUUUUUGGUAAACUCCGAGUUAAAAAAUUCAAAUGAAAAAAAUUAAAAAAUUUUUUUAGAAGGCCUGGCUUUCCAACUUUUUUCGAAUAUUUUUUUUGAAUUCUUAGAAAUUUCCGGCCUAACAACCUCGGCGAUUUGUAAAAAACGCGAGCUGAAAUUUUGAAAAAUGCCUUCGAAAAUUUUAUUCUAUAUCUUUGACAAGUUUUAUCAAGAUCCGAUAUCAAAAAAACAUUUUUUUUUCGUAUUUUCAAAUUAAAAAAAAUUGUUUUUGAUUUUUUGCUAAAUUUCGAAUUAAAAAUCUCAAAAAACUGUAUUCUGAUUUUUUCCAUUUUUUCAAACCAUUUUUUUCCAUUUUUUAGGUCAAAGCCUGGCUUCAAACCAUCAUCGACAGGCUUGUAAAACAAUGGACUCCGGCCAAAUCCCAGUCCCUCUUCAGCGAAUCCGAACUGGUCGAGUUGUGCUACCGAGCGCGAGAGACUUUCUGGAUGGAGAAGUCGAUGGUCUCCGUAAAGGCGCCGGUCAGUAUUUGCGGCGACAUUCACGGCCAAUUCGAAGACUUGUUGGCCUUAUUCCGACUGAAUGGGUUCCCGCCGGAGAAGAAAUACGUCUUCUUGGGCGAUUAUGUGGACAGAGGACCAUUCUCGAUUGAAGUUGUGGGGUUGUUGUUCGCGUAUAAGGUGAUUUUUGGAUACUUUUGGAGGCUUUUUGGAAUUUUUUUGGCAUUUUUUUGAAUUUCUGCGAUUUUUGGGGCUUUAUAGGAAAAUUAAAAAUUAAAAAAAAAUUUUUUGAAAUCAACUGGAGUCUUUAAAUCAUUUUUUUACUACCGAUUUUUUGUCGGAAAAAAAUUUUUUUAAAUUUUUUCCAAUUUUUUUAAAAUUAAAAUUUUUUAAAAAAAAUCGUGUUCAGGUAAUGUACCCCGACGAUAUCGUCCUGCUCCGUGGAAACCAUGAGUCCAGACCGGUCAACAUGCAAUAUGGGUUCUUUUUGGAGUGCAAAAAACGAUAUUCCACGUCGUUGUACGAGGUUUUCCAAUACGUCUUCUAUUGCAUGCCGUUUUGCGCACUGGUGGACAAGCGUAUUUUGUGUAUGCAUGGUGGAAUCAGUGAGGAUUUGAAGGAUUUUGGGCAGGUAAGCGGGAAUUUUUAGAUGAUUUUUUUGUGAAAUGUGGGGCGCAGCUCGCGGGUUUGACAAAAAUAGGAAAAAAUGAUUUUUUUGAGUGUUAGAAGUCAUACGCAGCAAUUUUAUAAACUCGAUUCGCUUUAGCCGGUUGAAUACAGACGAUUUUCAAAAAAGGCAGGGCGCAGCUCGCGGAACUUAAAAUUCGCCAAUAUCUGAGAAAAUCGAAAAUUCCUGAGUGCGAAUCGUCAUACUAGGACAUUUUAAAACAUUUCUUGAAAUUUUACUCCAGCCACCACGAAUUUUAAGAGUAAGCCAGGGCGCAGUUCGCAAUUUCAAAAACUUUUAUUAUCUUGGCCAAUUUCAAAAAAAAAUUUUUUUUUUGGAAGCCUAAAAUUAACUUUGAAGGUAAAAGAAACCGGUUGCUUAAAAAUUCCCACUUUUAUCGCAAAUUUUCGCUGUAACCCAGGGCGCAGCCUGCCAAAAUAAAAACUUGUCCAGUUACUUCAAAAUUCGUUUCAGAUGGACCGAAUUGAACGUCCUUGUGAUAUUCCCGACCUCGGCAUUCUCGCCGAUCUCACUUGGGCCGAUCCCGACCCAAAUAUCGAACUCUACGAGGACUCGCCGAGAGGUGCGGCUCGAGUCUUCGGCGAAGCCGCGCUGGAAGCGUUCUGCAAACAACUCGGCCUGGAAUUGAUUGUGCGUGCGCAUCAAGUCGUCAACGAUGGCUAUGAGUUCUUUUGCAAUCGGAAGUUGGUCACCAUCUUCUCGGCGCCCUAUUAUUGCGCGCAGUUCGAGAAUGCGGCCGCGAUUAUGAAUGUCACCAAGGAUAUGGUGAGUUGAAAUUUUAUGGAGAGGUGUUUGAAACGCUAGAAUGAACUUCUAUUUAAUGAAAUUUCGAUUUUGACGGGUUGGAACAGAAUGCCAAAAUUGGCGGGAAAUUUGAAUUUUCUGGAAGUUUUGUCAGAGAUUGGAUAUGCUACGAGGUAUUUAGAGAUAUUUGUUUGUAUUUCACUUAUUUUUUACUCAUUUUCAAGCUACUACAUCGCUUUUCUGCCCUUGAAACGUUAUGCCAAAAAUGGCGGAAAUUUGAAUUUUGAGCCAGGUUUUUUAAAAUAUAGUCACGGCUGAGCUGUUUAACUCGUAUUUUACAAUUUUUAUGACAUGAAAAAACCCCUGCAUCACUUUUGCAACCCUUAAAACAGAAUGCCAAAAAUGGCGGGAAACUUGAAUUUAAAGCCAGAUUAAUGGAUCGAGCUGCGAUCUGUGACUCGUAUUUUAAACUUUUUAUGACAUGUCAAAACCUCUGAAUCACCUUUUGACCCUUAAAACAGAAUGCCAAAAAUGGCGGGAAAUUUGAACUUGUCUCAAAUUGCACAGAAAUGUUGUUUCAGGAGAUCAGCUUCACCAUUUUCCGACCCCGCAUCAAGAACAAGAAGAAAUUGACCACCAGAACCGCCGAAUAA